GUCAGAUAAAAAUGAGGAAGAACACAAAUAUGUUGUUUUUUUGCACAGAGAAAAGAAGAAGUGGAUUACACAUCAGCAUCAGUCUAAGAAAAUCACACUUUCCAUCACCAUUGUCACUCUCCAGUCAGAAGGUAAAAUAUGGCGAGGUUUGUCCAUGGAGAGCAAUCUGAGAUCACUACGGACUAUAUAAAUCAACGUGAUGCAUCAGCAAGAAGUUCUGGCCAGGACAGGCGUGUGACUGCUGCUGUACCUGGGAGAAAACUGUAUAGACUGGUUGCUGUGAGCUUUGGACUCCUGUGUGUCCUACAAGCCGCUCUCAACAUUUCCCUACGUCUCUACAGUAAGACAGCAGAUAUAGGGGUCUGUUGCACAAACCUGACUUGUGAGCUGAAGAGAGAACUGUUUAACUUUGAUCACUAUUUCCAACAAGGAUGGGUGUAUUUCCAUCCCAGUUUCUAUUACAUUUCUUCCAACAAGAAAUCCUGGCAGGAGAGCAGAGCUGACUGUCUGCAGAGAGGUGCAGACCUGGUGAUUAUAAACAGCAAAGAAGAGCAGGAUUUCACAAGAAAAUUCCACAAGCUCACAUGGAUUGGACUGACUGACAGAGAAACCAAAGGGACGUGGAAAUGGGUGGAUGGCACUCCGCUGAACAAAAGCUACUGGAAACCUGGGGAGCCAAACGAUUUUGAAGGCAAAAAUGAAGACUGUGUAGAAAUAAGGUUCCAUGACUUGGAGAACAGUUGGAAUGAUAUACCAUGUGGAGAUCAAAACUUCUGGAUCUGUGAAAAGAGGAUAGCUUUAUAACUCGCCAUAUAAAACCCUGAAAAGCUGAAAUUCACUUCAUGUUAAAACUGAAAGCACAAGUUCACAUUUCACAAUCCUUUGACUCUGUACAUAGGAGUCAGUUGGAUUUUGGAUGGAGGUAUGAUGUAAUGUUGAGUUUUUGACUUAUAGUAGUGCUACAGAGCUGUUUUUAUAUGACUGGGUGCACCAAUAUAGGCAUUGAAGGAGAAGAGUGCUUGCUAGUAAAAAUGAAUGCAAACAACGCAGGUUCCAGGUAGCUUUAUUUUUUCCCCAAGAUAUUUUAUUUUUGAUUUGUAUUGUAUUUAGUACAUUUAUUUGGUUAAUGUUAAUUAAGAUUACAUUUAUUUUGGAAUAAGUGUUUGGUUGUUGUUUUUUUAUUUGUUGUUUAUGUAUUGGUGUUAUUGUUAGUCUCCCCUUGGGUGUCAAACCUGGUUUGAUCAGCCGGUAUAUAAGUCCCCUUUGUUUCUUUCAUUGGAGGUCAGUUGUAUUUUUGAGUUUGUUAUGUUUAGAGCUUAAGUUCGGUUUGUUUGUUUGACCUCUUUUAAGGGCCCAAACUUUAUCUUUAUUUUGCUGUAAUGAUUUUUGUGGGUAAAAUAAAACCCCCUUUUUUGAAAUCCUCUUGUGACUCCUCUUGCCUAACUGCUUGGUCCCUGACAGUACUCAUCACAUUUUGUUAGACCGCAAUGAUCCAGGGCCCCUUUAAUUACAGUACAUGCAUAAGUUAGCUACCCAGGUCUUUAGGGAUAAUAACAAUUGAAUGUGUGUAUGUGUAAUGUAUGUUGAAAGUGUUGUUUCCACAGAUGCUUUGAACCCCAUCUGAUCAUCCAGAGGGUAUUAAAUUAAUUAACCAACAUUUUUACUGUCCAUAUCUAAUAAUAAACCUUUUGUCUUUUAA